AUGAGAAUCACAGAAAAGUUGCAAGCCCAUCAACGGGAAUCAGACAAGCCAACCUUCUCCUUCGAGUACUUCGUCCCCAAGACCACCCAGGGGGUGCAAAACCUGUAUGAUAGAAUGGAUAGAAUGUACGAGGCAUCCCUUCCUCAAUUCAUCGACGUCACAUGGAACGCCGGUGGAGGUCGUCUCUCGCAAUUAUCCACCGAUUUGGUCGCUACAGCCCAAUCCGUCCUUGGUUUGGAAACGUGCAUGCAUUUGACUUGUACUAAUAUGCCCGUGAGUCAAAUUGAUGAUGCCUUGAAGAGCGCCUACGAUUCAGGUUGUCAAAAUAUACUGGCUUUGAGGGGGGACCCACCUAUAAAUUCCACUAAAUGGGAAGCUGUGGAAGGUGGAUUCAAUUACGCAAAGGAUUUGAUUAAGUAUAUUAGAUCCAAAUAUGGUGACCAUUUCGAUAUCGGGGUCGCUGGUUAUCCCGAGAGACAUCCGGAGGAAGAGGAUGAAUUGUUGAAUUUGAAAUAUUUGAAAGAAAAAAUUGAUGCCGGUGGGAACUUCAUUAUUACUCAAAUGUUUUAUGAUGUGGAUAACUUUAUUGAAUGGUGUAAGAAAGUGAGAGCAUACGGUAUUGAUGUGCCUAUUAUCCCAGGGAUUAUGCCCAUUACCACAUAUAAUGCCUUCUUAAGAAGAGCUCAAUGGGGGGAAAUUAAUAUUCCAAAGGAAUUCAUUGAACAAUUAGAUCCAAUAAAGGAAAAUGAUGAAUUAGUUCGUGAAAUUGGUACCAAAUUAAUCGUUAAGAUGUGUAAGAAAUUAUUACAAAGUGGGUACGUCACUCAUUUACAUAUUUAUACCAUGAAUUUAGAAAAGGCUCCAUUGUUAAUCCUAGAUCAAUUAGGUUUAUUACCCACGGAGGGUGAAUACAAUAAAGCUCAAGUAGCCAUGUUACCAUGGAGAAAAUCUUUGAACCCGAAGCGUAAAAACGAAGAAGUGAGACCAAUCUUUUGGCAACGUAGACCAUAUUCAUACGUGGCAAGAACAUCACAAUGGGCUCUGGAUGAAUUCCCCAAUGGGAGAUUUGGUGAUUCUUCCUCUCCUGCCUUUGGUGAUUUAGAUCUUUGCGGUUCUUCAUUAAUUAGACAAUCUCCAAAGAGAUCUUUGGAAAUAUGGUCAACACCAACAUCUUUAGAUGAAAUCGCCAAGUUAGUAAUUAAUUAUCUAAAUGGGAGAGUCCAAUGUCUACCAUGGAGUGAUACACCAAUUGAUCAUGAAGUGGACUCCAUGAUUAAGAAUUUGGUUCAAUUGAACAAUAAAUUAAUUAUUACUAUAAAUUCUCAACCACAAAUUAACGGUAUUAGAUCCAAUGAUCCAAUCCACGGUUGGGGUCCCAAAGAUGGUUACGUUUAUCAAAAGCAAUAUUUGGAAUUCCUCUUACCAAGAGAAAAAUUACCCAAAUUGGAAGCAGAAUUGAAAGAUAACGAAAUGUUAACUUAUUUCGCCGUAGACUCAAAGGGUACUUUAACUUCUAAUCAUCCUGAUGGGUCUAGAGCUAAUGCUGUCACAUGGGGGAUCUUCCCCGGUAGAGAAGUACUUCAACCAACCAUUGUCGAAAAAGUUUCAUUCUUAGCAUGGAAGGAAGAAUUCUACUAUAUCUUGCAAGAAUGGGAACUGAAUUUCCAAGAAAAUGAAAAAUUAGAAAGUGCUCAUUUCUUACAACAUUUGAUUGACGACUUCGUCCUUGUCAAUAUUGUCGAUAACGAUUACGUGUCCAAAGAAGAUCAUAUUUUCGCAUUACUAAUGGAUUUAUGA